AUGCGAGACAACUAUAACAACACACAGCAGCACUGCACACUGAAAAUACUACAGGCUAACGUCGACAAAUCUUGGAAUAACCACGAAGAGGCCCUCCGGCUGGCUGACCAAGAAGCCUACGAUAUCAUUUUUAUUCAAGAACCCUGCUGCGGCAACGGUAAAGACAAGAUAUACACUCCACGAAACCAAAACUAUAAAACAUUCUCCCCGACGUCCUACUGGCCGCCUGAGAAGACAAAAUGGCCGGGAGUACUCACUUAUACGCGAAUUCACUCUAGACUAGAAACUACCCCCCUGAACAUAUACAACUCGACUGAUAUUUUAGUCGUAAAAGUCAACAAUAUCACCACUAUCAAUAUCUAUAACCACGCCAUCAGGCAACACAUCACACACAUCACGGAUUCUAUACCCCCUAGCGGUGAAGUCAUCCUAGCAGGCGACUUUAACAUACGACACCCACACUGGGAGCCAGGAAUAAUACCCUCAGUAUACUCCAAAGAACUCGUCAAAUGGCUCGACUAUCACGACCUCACACUGCUUAAUAAGCCGGGCACAGCGACCACACGGAAAGACUCGGUGAUCGAUCUUGCCUUCUCUAAUAUCUACGGAGCAGAAUGUACCAUAGAACAGCACCUUACAUGCGGUGGAUACCACUCAUCGCUGGCUCUCUCUGUCCCGCAAAGCAUCUCACAAAAGGCUGCCCUACCUAACCGGCACCCAAAACUCAUAGAUGAAGAUGCGGAAAACCACUUUGUCGACCUCGUUCGCAGCGCCGCGCAAUACCUGCCGACGACACUUAACAGCCGAAAGUCAAUUGACCGAAUGACUUCCGCUAUUUCUAGAUGUCUGGAAAUGGCCGCUAAAACUGCUGGAAGCCAGCCCUCAGGUAAACCCAAGAGGCAAUAUGCCUGGUGGAACGAUGACUGCAAGGAAGCCCGCCUGCAACUUACAGCGUACUACAGAAUCUGGCCUAGUGGCUUUAACAAGGAUAUCCAGAUCGCUAGACGAGCCUUCAAAAGAGCAGUAAAUAAAGCCAAAAGAGACCACAAACACCAGCUGCUAGAAAGAAUACAAGCUGGCAGUGAAAUCUACAAGAUUACCCGCCGCCGCGAACAACCGAAACAAGUAACAGAGCCGCCGCCGCUGAAGAUAAACAACUCAACCUACAGUACGCCGACUGAACGAGCCCAUGCUCUAAAGGCUCACAUUCUUGAUAGAAGAGACGCCAGCGAUGACUUACCCGAGCCAGAUUACAGCGGCUCCCCAACUCAACAGAUCCCAAUGGAUACAACUGUCUCGCUCGAGGCAGCCAGACGAGCUGUCUUAGUGACUGGAAACACCACACCGGGGUCCGACGGAAUUACGCGCGACAUGCUAAAACUUGCGUGGCCGCAUAUCGGCCAAGCAGUCACUCUCCUCUACAAUGCCUGCCUGGAGUUUGGAUACCACCCAAAACAGCUCCGCACAGCGGAAGUGGUGAUGAUUCCCAAGCCCACCAAGAGAGACCUGACAGACCCGCGCUCAUGGCGACCAAUUGCACUGCUGUCCUGUCUCAGCAAAGGCCUGGAGCGCCUUAUAGCCCGCAGAAUGGCGUACUACGCUAUCACCUACAAUAUUGUCCACCAGAACCAGGCUGGGGCAUUACCCAAGCGUAGUGCCACCGACCUGGUAGCGGCGCUAAUCCACGAUAUUGAACUCGAGCGGAAGAAAGGCAACUACGUCACAAUUGCUACAGCCGACGUCCAAGGUGCAUACGAUGCUAUCCUCCGCAAUCGUAUGGCAACUAGACACUACCUACAAGGAUGGCCUAUAAACUUGGUCAACUGGAUACACAGCUUCCUCUCUGGCAGAAGAGUAUCUAUCCGACUCCAAGAUAUUGUCACAGCACUCAUGAAACUAACCUGCGGCCUACCGCAAGGAUCCCCCAUGUCACCAGUCCUUUUCAUUCUGUACACUGCUGUGCUUUACACUAUUACAGGACCACUGCAACGAUACGGCUAUGCAGACGAUAUGGCAAUGCUCUUUUCCGCCCCGACACUCAGACAAACAACUCGACAGGCAAACGCUGCUAUAGAGGCACUAGAGGCCCUAGGAGCUGAACAUGCUAUCACGUUUGACCCAGCCAAAACAGAAGUCAUGCACUUCACGGGAGAAAAGCACCGCGAUGACCUCCCACCCAUCACGCACAAAGGACAGCUUAUCUACUGUAAGCCAUCGAUAAGAUGGCUCGGUAUUUGGUUCGACUCGCAACUGCGAUUCGAGUACCAUGUUGAGAUGCGCUGUGCACUAGCAAAGCGCACCGCCCUGCAUCUCCGCAGCUUCUGCACAACAACACACGGCCCCUCAGCACAAGCUAUUAGACAAGCAAUCAUCGCCUGCGUGCUCCCGAAACUACUCUUCGGCGCUGACGCAUGGCUGCCAGGGCCUACCAGCGACGUCGCUGAAACACAGCCCCGGCAAAAACGACUCACACGAAGGAUUGCUAAGAAGAUGCAGGUCGUGAUCAACAUCGCCUGUAAAGCAGCGCUUCCAGUAUGGAAAACAACCCGCAGCACGAAUAUGUGGCGCGAGGCAUCUAUACCACCAAUCCAACAUAUCCUCUACGGGAUACAGCAACGCACUGCCGCACGCUUGCGCACUCUGGACAAACGACACCCGCUCGUGCAACGAGGCCGCUGGUGUCAGCCUCACCAAAGGCACACGAGGCUCCAGCACACCUCCGCAAUAGCCCCGUGGCGAAAACACACAGUUCUCCAGCCACCAGAACCGAAAAGGCUCCAGGUACACAUCGAACCAGGAACAAAAGAGCAAGCCACGAAGAACUUCGAGAAAUGGCUCGCCGGAUAUGACGGAAUCACUGUCUUCACAGACGGCUCACAAGAUGACAACGGCAACACAGGCUGCGGCGCAGUAGGAUACCUCGACGGAACCGAGAUAUUCCACACGUACGGCAACCUCCUGCAUGCCGAAGUCUACGACGCUGAAGCUGAGGGCGUCCUACGCGGUCCUACGCGGACUCCGCUCAGCCCUCCGCCGAAGUAA